AGCACAGCCUGGGCGGGGGGUGCAGGAGAGGAGGGUUGGGGGCCAAGGGCUGGGCUCUGUGCUCCCCGAGCCCUCUGCCUGCCUCUGCCUGCCUCUGCCUGCCUCUGCCUGCCUCUGCCUGCCUCUGCCUGCCUCUGCCUGCCUCUGCCUGCCUCUGCCUGCCUCUGCCUGCCUCUGCCUGCCUCUGCCUGCCUCUGCCUGCCUCUGCCUGCCUCUGCCUGCCUCUGCCUGCCUCUGCCUGCCUCUGCCUGCCUCUGCCUGCCUCUGCCUGCCUCUGCCUGCCUCCCUCCCCUGCCCUGUCCCUGAGCCCGCUGCCCGUGUCUCCGUCAGAGCAGGGACAGGGCAGUCUGCUCCUUCCUGACCCUGAUUAUUAUUACAGGAUAGUGGGUGGUACUUGAAAUCAGCUGUAUCAGGUAAAAGAAAUAAACCUCCUGAUCUACUGUGUUCUCAUCAUGUUUUCUGCGCUCUCCCAGUAUGAAGGUAACAGUUGUGGUCAGAAAACUACAUCUGGGCCUGGCUGGAAAUCGUUUUUGCCAGUGCAGAUAAUGCUUUGUGUCGAAGAUUCCACUACUUACAAGGAAGGAGGUUUCCUGUCUCGUUUGCCUGUGGGACAAGGGGAGAAGAACAGAUUCUGUGACACAGAUGGGAAUGUGGACGAGCCCCUGGGUCCCCAGUGCGGAUGGGUGUCCCGCCACCCAGAGCUGCCUGGGCAGACAGACAAAGGGACGGGCAGAGGACGUGUGGGCGAGCGGUGCGUGCCCCGUGGAGUGUGGGUCCUGGUCCUGGCUCUGGUUCUGCUCCUGGUUUUGCUGCUGGCUGCUGUGCUGUCAGAAGGAAGAGCUGGAGCGAGAGCGACUGUGGUGCUGGGCUGUCCUGACGACUGGGUUGGGUACCGCAAUGUCUGCUACUACCUGUCGAGCACGGAGCAGGAGGGGAGCUGGGAGUGGAGCCAGGAACGGUGCUCCUUGCUCGGGGCCUCGCUGGCUGUGCUGGAGAGGGAGUGGGAAACAGAGUUUCUCUCACGCCUCAGGGGCAACAUUGAUUACUGGCUUGGGCUGCGGAGACGGGACGGGCGGCUGCAGUGGGUGAACGGCAGCAGCUUCAACCGCACGUACCUGGUGUACGACCAAGGCGAGUGUGCAUUUUUGAAUGGCCGUGGUGUUGUGAUUUCAAGCUGCUCACAGCUCCGACCAUAUCUCUGCAGCAAGCCCCAAGCCAUCAUGUGAAAGAGGGGGGGAUGGAGAAAGGACCUUCUCCAUGCUGGGACCUCCACAGCGUCACCUCUUCCAGCAGCACAGUGUGACCUGGGGAUGUUCUUCGCUCAGCUGCAGCUCUGGAUUUCUCCAGGUCUCAGUAACAACUCGCUGCCCGGUCUCAAGGAGAGGGACCUGCAGGAGGGGCAGACACUGGGGAUGGUGAUAUCUGACUGUGUGGAUUGGGAGCCUGGGUUGUACGUGGAACUGGUUUCUUUCUCCUGGAACCACUGCAGCACUCAUCUUGCUUUUCUAACAAUUCCCCUGAAUCUGGUUUUGCACUGUGGUGAUGGAGCUCGAGGUGCUGCUGCCAGAUGAGAUGGGCGCAGGGAGCUCGGCCCAUCUCCCCAACCCUGUGCUGGGACGUGAAGUGACCUCCUGUGGCACCUGUUACUGAUACAGACCCUGUUGCUGUUAUUUUGCUAUUUUUUUUAAAUUAAAACAUGGUAAAUAAUCA